AUGGGCGCUGGGUAUGUGGGUGGUCCAACUAUGGCUGUGAUUGCUGCCAAUUGUCCAGAUAUCAAAGUUGUUGUUGUUGACGUAAGCGAGCAACAGAUUGCGAAGUGGAACACACCUGAUGAUAUUCCGAUCUAUGAGCCAGGACUUAAAGAGCUUGUGGAUGCUCGUCGCAAUAAGAAUCUGUUCUUCUCAACAGAUUUGGACAAGUAUAUCAAUGAAGCUGAGAUUAUUUUUGUGUGCGUUAAUACACCGACAAAAACAAGUGGCAUUGGGGCUGGUAGUGCUGCUGACACAAAGAAUUGCGAAGCUUGUGCACGUAAGAUUGCAGAUGUAGCAGCUACAGGCAAGAUUGUAGUUGAGAAAUCCACUGUACCUGUUCGUACCUCUGAAAGCAUCAAAGCUGUACUACGUGCCAAUGCUAAGGGCUUGAAUUUUGAGGUGUUAUCGAACCCCGAGUUUCUAGCUGAGGGUACGGCGAUCAAUGACUUGCAACAGCCUAGUCGCAUUUUAAUUGGAGGAGCUGAAACUUUAGAGGGACACGAGGCGGUUAAUAAGCUCGUGAGUAUUUAUGCUCACUGGGUACCACGUGAACGUAUCAUUACGACAAAUGUUUGGUCAUCAGAGUUGUCGAAACUUGUCGCAAAUGCUUUUUUAGCCCAGCGAAUUUCAAGUAUUAAUUCGAUCUCGGCUGUAUGUGAAGCAACUGGGGCCAAUGUUCAUGAAGUUGCACGUGCAGUUGGUGCAGACGACCGAAUUGGCAGUAAAUUUUUGAAUUGCUCGGUUGGCUUUGGUGGCUCGUGUUUUCAAAAAGAUAUUUUGAACUUGGUAUAUCUAGCACAAAGUUUUCACUUACCAGAAGUGGCCGAGUAUUGGCGUCAAGUAGUGACGAUGAAUGAAUAUCAAAAGACGCGGUUUGCUACGACAAUGAUUCGUCGAAUGUUUAAUACAGUCACGAACAAGAAGAUUUGCAUCUUAGGCUUUGCGUUUAAGAAGGACACUGGCGACGUACGGGAGACUCCUGCUGCAUCGAUUGUCAAGUAUUUGCUAGAGGAAAAGGCCAAUGUGGCUGUUUAUGACCCGCAGGUGAAGUAUGAUGAGUUGAUGCAUGAACUAGAGUACCAGGGCGUUAGUCAGACUAGCUAUCCGUUGAUAGACAAGCUGCUGACAGUGUACAACGACCCGUAUGAGGCGGCUCAUGGUGCACAUGCUCUUGCUGCGCUAACAGAGUGGGACGAGUUCAAAACGCUGGAUUAUGCUAAGAUUUAUGAGAACAUGACUAAACCAGCCUUCUUUUUCGAUGGUCGAAACAUUCUUCCGCAUGACAAGAUUGCGGAAUUAGGUGCCAAAGUUUACGUCAUUGGUCGCGCUGACGUCAUUUCAGACGAAAUACCCUUUUAA